AACAAACGUGGCUUCGGGAAAAGUAUUUGAUCAUAAAAGGCUGCGUUUCGAUCUUUCUCCUAGUUUUCCCCACAGGUUUUGGUGUUUGGUUCCAGAUUUUUCGGACAUCGAAGAAGAAGAAGACGGAAGGAUUAAGGAAAUGGCGGUGGAGCUAAACGCGCGGCCGUUGACGUUUGUGGCGCACGCGCUCGCCAUCGCAGGCGCGAUUAUGGUGCUCGUUUGGAAUAUCAGUUACAGAGGAGGAUUGGCCUGGGAAGCUACCAACAAGAAUCUCAUCUUCAAUCUGCAUCCUGUUCUGAUGCUCAUUGGCUUCAUAAUCAUGGGAGGUGAAGCCAUUAUAAGUUACAAAGCGCUUCCAUUGAAGAAGCCCGUGAAGAAGCUGAUACACCUAAUCCUCCACGCCAUUGCUCUGAUUCUUGGUAGCUGGGGAAUCUCGGCAGCUUUCAAGAACCACAAUGAAGCUGGCAUUGCAAAUCUCUACAGUCUCCACUCCUGGAUCGGGAUCGGUGUCAUCGUUCUCUACGGCCUUCAGUGGCUCUAUGGAUUCGUGGUGUUCUUCUACCCCGGAGGAUCAUCAACUCUCCGCAGUGACUCGCUUCCAUUACACGCUCUUGUCGGCCUCUUUGUAUACAUACUUGCUGUUGGAAACGCGACUUUAGGGUUUCUUGAAAAGCUCACGUUCCUCGAGUCUUCAGGGCUUGACAAGUACGGAUCCGAAGCGUUUCUUGUCAACUUCACGGCCAUUAUCACCGUUCUCUUCGGGGCCUUUGUUGUGCUCACCGCCAUUGCCAAGCCCGCUUCUUCUGACGACGAUAACUACAGUUACUCAGCUAUAUGAGCCAUUGUGUGGACUAGGGCUUUCUGCAUCUGCGGCUAUAUCUCCCAAACUGUUAUUAUUUGUAAUGCAUCUGUAAUUAAAACACGUGUUUCAGCUUCUUCAGUCAAGACUUUGCGACUGAUGGUGUGGAAAUUUCAAUAAGUUUGAGAAAUUUGGAAACUUGUAUUAUUCUUUGGAUAAAAGUUUCUUUUAUAUA